AUGGCAGAGGGAAGUAAUAGGUCUCCUACUGCUGUUCCCCAGAACUUCAGUGAUUGGUAUCGGUAUCCGCCUGGAGUUUCAUGCAACAAGGAUGCAACCAAGACCAAAGAGUACCCCACAGCUAGCAAAACGAGUUUGGUCAGUCAACCUGAAGCACACACCUGUGAGAAACCGUACAUGUGUGGGGAGUGUGGGUAUAGGACAGCUUACAACUCAAAUUUAUCCGAGCAUAUGAGAACUCAUACUGGUGUCAAACCCGACAUGUGUGACUAUCCCGCUGCACAAACGUCUACGUUGAAACAAACUUGUGAGAAACCCUACAUGUGUGGGGAGUGUGGAUACAGGACAACUCAGAACAAAGAAAUGUAA